AUGGUGUCCGUCAGCAAGAUUGCUUGUUUGGCGUUUGCGGCCGCCGCUCUGGCCGACCAGGCUAUCUUUAUUUAUCACAAAGCUGAUCUUUCAGUCGAUGCAUGCGAAAAACUUUUGGGCAAGACUGCCCUCUUCUUUGACUCUGAUGACGAUGAAGACUAUUGCAACACCAACAUCCAGCAGGCGUUGGGCUCGAUGGCCCAUUGCUUGAAGAGGUUACCCACUGAUAUUGGUGUCAACGCAUUCAUUGAGUCCUGUUCUGAUUCUAACUUGACAUUGGAAGAAUUCAACGAGUCUUAUGACAACGCAACUCAGUAUUUGGUUAACGUGACCUCAUAUCUUGGCUUUGAUAUUGACGAAACAUUUUACCUUCCUGUGGAGCUUGAUGAGGACAAGCUUUACGGGGCAUAUGCUUCCACUGUGGAUCGCAGAUACAACUACAACAGAUCUAACUAUUACGGAUGGGCGCUUAUGUUAUACUGGUUUGCCUUGGUUCUUUUCUCUGGUUUUCUCAGAAUAGUCUCGGCCAUGACACCCAAGACGGUGCAAUCGUUCAAUGGAAAGAUCUCCAAUACCUACAAGAGUUAUAUCACAAUGCCUGCCCUCGGCAAAGAGAAGAAAGUGCAGCACGGAAAGCUUUUCAAGUUUUUCGAGUUUAUCAUCCCCACGAGAAUGGAGACGAUCCACCUUGUAAUUUAUUUUGCGUUGGUCUUGGCUUUCAAUACCGCGAACUUCCACCACCAGAGUAACAACGUCAUUUGGAGUGAUGAGGCUACUGAAAUGGGCCGAAAAAUUGCCGAUCGAAGCGGAAUUAUGGUAUUGUAUAUUAUUCCCCAGUUGGUUCUUUUUGCAGGAAGAAACAACUUCUUUGAGUGGAUCUCGGGCUGGAAGUAUGCCCGGUUCAACAUCAUCCACCACUGGAUGGGUAGAAUCGCCUUUAUUUUGAUGUUUGUUCACGCAAUCUCCAUGACGGUCAGCAGCUUUGGGUUGGGUAAGUUCGACUCGCGUAAUGCCAAGCCUUAUGUGCGGUGGGGAUAUGUGGCUCUUAUCUGCGCAGCAAUCAUGUGUUUCCACUCUUUGCAGAUGUUCAGGAAAAAGCACUACGAAAUGUUUGUUUUAGCCCACAACAUUUUGGGUGUCUUUUUUGUCGCUGGUGUUUGGAUUCAUGUUUCUGAUGCUGGAUUCGAAUCUACCAUGUAUGCCGCUUCUGCAGUGUGGUGUUUUGACAAAUUUCUCAGGAUCGUGAGAAUGGCAUGGUUUGGCGUCAGAACGGCCGACGUGCAGUUAAUUGCCGACGAAACCUUGAGAGUUAAGGUGCCAAGACCCUCCUACUGGAAGCCAUACCCGUUGUGCUACUCUUUUGUCUACUUUUUCCGUCCUUCCUGUUUCUGGCAAUCUCAUCCAUUCACGGUUGUCGACUCUGUGGUUGAAGAAAAUGUGAUUUCUUUCUACAUCAAAGUCAAGGGCGGCAUGUCCAACUCGCUCUACCAGUACUUGUCCAAGCAAGUUGACCAGAGAGCCAUGAUCAAGGUUUGUGUGGAAGGCCCAUAUGGCCCCGGCGCAUCUUUGCAGCAUUACGACACGGUUUCCUACCUCACCGGUACCACGGGUGUUCCAGGCCCCUUUGCCAGUGCUGUGUCUCUUGCCAAGAAAAACAGCACCCAGAAAUUGAAGCUUUACUGGGUGAUCCGCCACUGGAAAUCCAUCGAGUGGUUCUACGAGGAAUUGAGAAGCUUGAAGGGCACCAAGGUACAGCCCAUUGUCUACGUGACGCAGUUCAACACACCAUUGGACGAGUGCUUCUUGGAGAGAUUCAAGAGUGAGGACGAGUCUCUGGUGGACGGCAAGAAUUCCGAGAAGGGUUCCGAGGCGGAAAAAGAGAUCAACAUGGAGAACGCAGAGCGUAUCAUGGCGAACUUGCCUCACAUUGAGUUCAGAGCCGGUCGGCCGGAUAUCAAUGCUUUGGUGAAGCACGAUAUUGCCGAGUCUGCUGGCGCCACGGCCUUUGUUGCAUGUGGCCACGACUCCUUUGUGGACCAAUCAAGAAAAGCCGUUGUGGAGAACUUGUAGAAUGGCAAACGCGUGGAUUUCUACGACGAGAUGCAAACCUGGUGAGAAUUUUAUAGACUAUUUAUUGCAU